AUGUAUCCCAAUGCUCGCCAGCGCAUGGCCGAUGAUUCCAUGGGUGAUAUCAGGCAGUCCAUUGAGUCCAUCGAGUCCAUUGACAGGAGAGCCAACAGCAGACAGUCUGUUACUUCUCCGUCCCGCAUGAGGGCAUCAUUGGCCUUCCGACCCAGCCCGGCGCCAUCUUGGGGACCCAGCCCCGCGCCACCUUGGCGACCUAGCCCUGCGCCAUCCAAGAGUCACACUGUCCCAGCUCUGCAUAAGAAGCGUCCUGCUCCAAGUCCAAGUGAAAAGCCCGUGGCCGAGUCGAUCCCUCGCGCGCGCAACUCCAAGGGAGAACAGUUCAAGACGGCCUGCUUCGAUUGGAAGUACAGCAGUCACGCGCAUCAUCAUCGUCUGAUUUGCGGACAUGACGUGGUGACGGAGGAAAUCGAGCCAUGCGGCAGCAACUGCGCGCAAACUGUCACGGCCACGGCCGAAAAUAAAAUCGACAACAAGCCUUUCUUGUGCCCCGCGCCUGGCUGCAAGGCAAAAGUCAAGACCCUUCUUCCGAAGCGCAAUGCCACGGGGCAGUUCAUCCGCGCAGGUGGACGCGUUUGCAAAUGGAGUCAUGUCUACGGAUUAGACAGAGUCAAAGAUGCGGCGCGCAUUGCCGAGAAAAAAGCCGAGGCCGGACAGCGCAGACGUCCGAACGCAAUUCGGAAGAUGAGCGAAUCCCCCAAACCCGGAGACAAGCAAGACAAGGUCGCACCGCGAAAGAAGCGCCGGCUCGUAGUCCAAGAUGCAGAGGUCGCGGCGCUGGUCAGGGAGCCAGAAGUUCUCGAGCUGAUGAGAAGAACGGGCACUGCCGUUCCGCAGCAUCUCCGUAAUAACCAAUCCGAGGAGAACGAAGAGGGAUUGUCGGAAGAGAUGGAGAGAGUGUCCGCAGACGCGACGAAGGUCGGGAUGUUCGAGGGCACGACGACCCGCGCUAAGGCAAGAGAGAAUGUAGAAGCGAAGAGCGGUGGGCCCAUCUGCAAAUCGGCGGGCCGCAAGUCUUCUGGCGGUCUGCCAGAUUUCACGGAGCCGGAGGCCUCGGAGGAUGAGCACAAUGCCGAAACUGAAAUCGACGCCGAGGAUAUGAUUCGAAGUGAUGAAUAUCCGGAGCAGCAAGACGAUGGCGAGAUUUUCUGUGUUUGCCAAACGGCGAAACCAGAUUUCCUGGUGCUCUGCGAGAGGUGUGAGAAGGGAUUUCAUCCCGGUUGCAUUGGCCAUGGUAACUGGACUAUUGUCGAAUACGCCGAUGACAUGGCCGAGCGUGAUGCUCAUUUCAAGUUCGACUGGGAGGAUAUAAUGGAAAAUGGCCACACCAGCAUCUUCCAUUGCCCGGAAUGCAAGGACGCAGUCGCGCAGGCUCUGGAGAAAUUCCAAGGCGGUGCAUUCUCUCAACGUGCUGCAGCUGCCGAGGAUGACCAGUUGGAAGACGACGGCAUCGAAGCUUUGAUGCCAACACAAGAUGACAUGAUCGUUCAGGAUAUCAUCGCGAGGAACCYCCGGAGCAAGAAGCGAAAGGCUGAGUCGGACGUGCAAGUGGAACCUCGGGACGUCGAAAUGGAGGAUGCGACACCUGCCCUAGGUCCAGUCCCCGAGGAGUCCGAGCAUCCUCGCAGACGCGCGCGGAAGACAGGCACUGCUGGCAAGAAGAGUACCACCAAGACCGAUACUCGCAGGGGCAGCACUCGCAAGGGCAGCACUGGCAAGGGUAGCACUCGCAAGGGUAGGAGGGCGUAA